ACACAGUACACACAUAGAGAAGGCGGCAAGCAUGGCGGACGUGGCCGGGGAAAAGCUUUCCAAAAAUGUGUGUUUUAGGUGAAAGCAAGGUGGUGAGGGAUGAGUGUGCGGCUUCUCCAAGGUGUGUGGAGGGCGGCUGGCCCUGGGUGUGGCCAGGUAUUAGCGGGGGACGGACGGCUCUGCCUCAACACUGCCAGGCCACUGUCUCUCACAUACACCAGGAGCAGUUUUUAAUAGUGUCAGAAGCACUAAUUAGCAAAUGUGUCUACAGUGAACUGAAAAGGAGGCAGAAAGCAGAGAAGAAGGCACAAGAGAAGGCUGAAAAGGAGGCAGCUCGAGCCAAGCCCACCCCAGCAGCCACAGCCAAGCCAAAGGCAAAUGAAGAGGAUGUCAGUCCGAAUGAAUACCUGAAAUUAAGGACUCAAUAUGUGCAGCAGUUGAAGGAUGCCGGGCACACUGUUUAUCCUCACAAAUUCCAUGUGAGCACCUCAUUAACUGAAUUUUUGGAGACCUACCAGACCUUGACGCAGGAGAAGGAGAGCCAGGAAGAGGUGACUGUGUCUGGAAGAGUUCACGCCAUCCGAGAGAGUAGUCAGAAGCUACGGUUCUAUGACCUCAGAGGAGAGAAUGUCAAAUUACAGGUAAUGGCAAACUUGAAAUUCUAUGAAAGUGAGGCUGCCUUCUAUGAGGACUGUGACAAAAUACGGCGUGGGGAUAUUCUAGGGGUGAAAGGCAUUGCUCUGAGGACUAAGACUGGGGAGUUAUCUAUUCGACCUACUAAGAUACAGGUUUUGGCUCCCUGCCUUCACAUGCUUCCCCACCUCCACUUUGGUGUAAAAGAUCAAGAGACCAGGUACCGCCAGCGAUAUCUUGAUCUUAUUAUCAACUCCGACAUUCGUAAGAAGUUCAUAGUGCGUGCUAAUAUUGUGUCAUACCUGCGGAAAUUCUUUGAUGACAUGGGGUUCUUGGAGGUGGAGACUCCUAUGAUGAGUUUAAUUGCUGGAGGAGCCACUGCCAAGCCCUUCAUCACUCACCACAAUGAACUGAAUCAAGACCUGUACCUCAGAGUGGCCCCUGAGCUUUACCUCAAAAUGCUCAUUGUGGGUGGCAUUGACAGGGUUUAUGAAAUAGGGAAGCAGUUCAGAAAUGAAGGCAUUGAUCUGACCCACAACCCAGAGUUUACAACGCUGGAGUUCUACAUGGCCUAUGCAGAUUACAAUGACCUCAUAGAAAUCACCGAAAAGCUGUUGUCUGGCAUGGUGUAUCACAUAUUUGGGACAUACAAGGUGAAACUCCAACCACAAGGACCAGAAGGUGAGGAGUGGGAGAUUGACUUCAAGCCUCCCUACAAGAGAAUGUACAUGUUCCCAGAGCUGGAAAAAGUUCUUGGCACCAAACUUCCUGAACCUGAAAAGCUCACCACAGAAGAGGCCCGCAAGUUCCUCAGUGACCUUUGUGAAAAACACGAGGUGGAGUGUCCUCCCCCACGUACCUCUGCUCGGCUCCUUGAUAAGCUGGUUGGCGAUUUUCUGGAGGAGCAGUGUAUCAAUCCAACAUUUAUCAUGGACCACCCACAAGUCAUGAGUCCCCUUGCCAAGUACCAUCGUUCCAUUAAAGGACUCACAGAGAGAUUUGAACUUUUUGUGGCCAAGAAAGAGAUUGUUAAUGCAUACACAGAGUUGAAUGAUCCACUGGACCAGAGGGCCAGAUUCACACAGCAAGCACAAGAUAAAAUGGCAGGUGAUGAUGAAGCCCAGAUGAUUGAUGAAAACUUCUGUACAGCUCUUGAAUAUGGUCUGCCUCCCACGGGAGGCUUUGGAAUGGGCAUAGACAGGCUGAGCAUGUUCCUCACUAACUCUUAUAACAUCAAGGAAGUGUUGUUCUUCCCAGCAAUGAGACCAGAGCAACAGAAAAAGGCCUCCGAAGAUGACAGCAACAAGGAGAAUCAGCCUGUAUCAUAGUAUUUGCUUAGAAGUUGUCCUGCUACCAAAGUGUUACCGGUUCAAAAUUAUCUUGGGCGUCUUCGUUUUCUCUGAUCAGGACAAGUCGUGGAAUCUACAGUGCUAAUCAUAAGUAUUGGACUUCCUAGCGGGGGAUCCAGUACUUAAUACUAGUACUGUAGGGUCACUACUUUAAAUUUGAGACCUACAAAUUGUUAUACAUUGAGAGGUUUGAAUUUUGGCUUGUGGUGGUAUCUUUCAAAGACUGAUUAAAGUAAUUUUUACUUGGGGUCAUUUUAAAAACACCUCUGCAUCUUGCUGUCCAUUAAUUAUAUAUUAAUUUCUUCAAAU